AUGUUUGGUUGCUCUUCUUGUGAUUUCUACCUCGACAUCCUGUGUGCUUCCCUACCCACUAUUAUCCGACAUGAAGCUCACCAGCGUGCCCUUGCUUCAAGGAAAGUAUGCAAUGUUAUUUGUAGCAUAUGUAGUGGGAAUGUUCAAGGGUUUGUGUUUGAAUGCGGUGGUUGCAGUUUCAUCUUAUGCUAUUUUUGUGCUCUAUUGCCGUCAAAGUUCACGCAUAGAUGGGAUAAACACCCUUUCUUGUUAACCUACUCACCCGUUGAAAACCAUAUGGAUGAGUAUUAUUGUGAGAUGUGUGAGCGAGAAGUAAACCCCAAACGUUGGUUCUAUCACUGUGUCGAUUGCGACCAAUCGUUCCAUACAGGAUGUGUCGAAACUUUCUUCAGCGAUUUGCAUUUAAAUGUGAAGUUUGGGGAUACUCUCAAGGUUGACAAACACUCCCACCUUCUUUCUUGCGUUCGAUGCCCUAAGAACAAUUGCCAACAGCCCUCUUGUAAUAGCUGCGGUGGAUUACUCCUAAAGGAUAGUAUGGCCUUUGAAUGUGCUCCUUGUAAGUGAAGGCUCCACCACGAGUGUGCGAAUGAUGCAGCAAGCAAGAGAAGUUCUGUGAAGAAGCCACUGGAUAUUUUCUACCCCAAAGUGUAUUCAUAGUUACACUCUUAAGUCACAUAAUGCAUGAGGAUUGAAUGUGCACCUUGUUAUUUGUCUUUUUUUUUUUUUUUGUAUGUCGCAAAAGAGUUUGUAUGGUGUUAUUCCCGAUGCAUGGCAUCGUUAAAAGUUAGUUAAGUUAUGCAAUUUUAUGGCCGUUAGUUUCA